UCCCCGCGUCUUUCCCAACCUUGUUGGGGCGGUAUCACAGCGCCGGUGCCUUUGACAUCAUCGCGGACAACGCGGCAUCUUUGAAGUAUUGCAGACAGCUAUGCUCGUUACAUCGUCCCCUUGCUAGGGAAGCACAAGUCAGGGUUGCUUGGUAUAGUCGCAUUAGAGGUGGCUAUGGGCGGCGAUCUUUGGUAGGCUAAAUAACGAUAGACGCACAGCGCUGGGGCUGAAUGCGCUGACGAGGAGGUUGGCCCUACCAGCUACCCACAUUGACAUCACACCAACAGGCAUCAAUCAACGAGGCGCAAGAAUACUUAUAUAGUAUUCAGCGCUUCUAAAACUGCGAGAUCACUCACCAGCGAUAGGAACCGCUAUCACAUACAUUUACUUCGACAUCUAAACAAUCUCUAACAGUUGUUGAACCCGCCGCGAUGUUGCACACCUCAGCCGCUAUUCUCGCCGCAGCCUUCUGCUCGUUGGCCUCCGCGCUACCCACAUCCAAUAUCGUUGCUCGAGCAGGCGGGCCCGCGAUCACGCCUAUACCCUCGAACUGCACCGUUACGGAUCCUCUGCCCACCGAUCCAAACACGUCUUACGUGCCAGCACCAGCUGCCCACGACGAUAUUCUAUACAGCUCUUACUACCCUUCCUACACAUCAAACACAACUGCCAUGGCACAACAGUGCCUCCAGCAAUGUUACGGCUACGGAUAUCAUGUCGAGUGCAAGACAGCAUACUGGGCAGAGAACGUCGUGGUGCCGGCAGGAUACUAUGGCACGGCUGGCGGACAACUCGAGACGGCUUGUCUAAUGUUCAGUAGAGCACUCACAGGCGACGACUUCGUGGCAGCACCAGAAGGCCAGGGCACGAGUGCAACUGCGAGCAACAUUGCAUGCUGAUAGUGUCAUUCCAUGAUGGUCAAAGUUUAUCUUAGCGAGUCGGCCCGUUGGUCAUGAGAAACGAUCUGAAACAUGGAGUUUUUGGAGUCUGGCUUUACGUCAUAGGGUAAAAUGAGGAUAUACAGUAAUUGCCGUUUGGCAAGAUAGGGUCACCGGUGUAGAUGGGGUUUCACCUUCUCUCUAGGCCAAACGUUCAACCGAGUUAGAUGAUAGACGCUACGUAAUGAUUUAGCCAUUUGUGUCUUUAUGAGUGCAGAUGUCACUAGUGU